CGUCACGUCGCUGGGUUCGGGCGUGUGAACGUGUUCUGCACCGUGUCCACCGCAGCGACGCUAGCGGACGUGUGAGCGUCCGGAGCUGUGGAGGAGCAGAUGCCAGAGGAGGUGAACAUCGACGAACUGCUGGAUCUGAAGAGUGAUGAGGAGCGAACACAAAGACUACAGGAGAUACUUCACACCUGCAACAACAACACAGAGGUGUUCAUCAGAGACUUGGUGAUGAAGCUUCAUGGUUUACAGAAGCAGGAGGACCUCCAUAACGACGGGAUAGACCUCCCUCAGCUCCACAUCUACUCCACCCGAGCCGGUUCAUCCGACCGGGAGGUGCUACACUGAGAAACAAACAUACCCCAGCCAAUUAACAUCUGUAAUAACCCCCUCCAAACCCCACCCCGCCUCCCCCAUCUACCCAUUGCCCCCAAACUGCCCCGGCUCAGCAAACCUGGAGGAGCGUGGCUAAACACGAAGGUACCGGAUGUGACCCAGACACAGAGGCGGUGUAUCGUAAAACAAACAUAUCUUAAAUGUUACUCUUGAGUCUAGCGCUACAGCUCCGCCUGCCGGGGCGGUGCCGGGACAUGAAAUACCAACAUUCCCUGUGAUUCCUGUCAACUCGCCCGCCCGAUGUCCGGACCUCUGAAAGAGGGGCGCCACACCUUCAAACAAACACACCCUGUGCUGCUUCCAUUUCAUCUCCCUGCGGUGGCAAAAACGAACACACCCAACGUAAUCCUGGACAUUUGCCCCACCCGGCUCACCCUCCACAAACAGUAGCACGCGCUCAAGAUGUCAAAUUCCAUUUUUUCUAACUUUGAAUAAUCGCAAGUGAUGAUGUCAUGUUAACACGUUGUGUGAUACUGUUGGUAUGUGUGUACUUCUGUUGUUUAAGAGCUUUUUUCAGUGUUUGUCAAACUUAUAUGUGCGGUUACUUCAACCUGGAGUCCUGCUGGACUGCUGCUGAAGUUUUUAUGUGAUAUGAAGAGCCUUCCCCUCCUACAAAGCACAACAUAUAACACACAAGACAGAAACAAAUCCAGUCAGACGUGUCCAUUAACAUGUCGAUUAUAAUCAAGUCAGAGAUAGGAAGGGUAUUUAUAAGAAGGACAUUUAUAGGAAGGACAUUUGGGUUUUCCGGUGGAGACGGCCCGUUAGCUUCAGAGGGGGCUAGCAAGUUGAAGGUGCAGUGUCCAAACUGAGACUGAGUUUAGCAUCUUCCAGAAAGAAAAGCUGCAAAACAAGCUGACUGGUCUGCCAGGCAGUUCAGCUGCAUGUGUCCUGAACCCAGAUGAAUAUUCAUGCUGUCGUCGUCAUGAUGUCUCUUAAUGAGUCAAUUAUUCCUGAAACAUAAUGACAUACUUCUGUGUAAAUUUAAGACUGUCAGACUUGUUCAGACAUGUUGUUAUGUCACGUUAUCUUAUCUUAUGUCAUGUCAUGUCAUGUUAUAUUAUCUCAUGUAAUGUCAUGUCAUGAUAUAUUAUGUCAUGUUAUUUCAUGUUAUAUUAUCUCAUGUAAUGCCAUGUCAUGUUAUGUCAUGUCAUUUUAUCUUAUGUCAUGUCAUGUUAUAUUAUCUCAUGUAAUGCCAUGUCAUUAUGUUAUGUCAUGUCAUGUUAUCUUAUGUCAUGUCAUGUCAUGUUAUAUUAUCUCAUGUAAUGUCAUCUCAUGAUAUACCAUGUCAUGUCAUGUUAUAUUAUCUCAUGUAAUGUCAUGUCAUGUUCUUAUGUCAAGUCAUGUUAUAUUAUCUCAUGUCAUGUCAUGAUAUAUCAUGUCAUGUCAUGUUAUAUUAUCUCAUGUAAUGUCAUGUCAUGUUCUUAUGUCAAGUCAUGUUAUAUUAUCUCGUCAUGUCAUGAUAUAUCAUGUCAUCUCAUGUUAUUUUAUGUCAUGUCAUGUUAUAUUAUGUCAUGUCUUGUUAUAUCAUGCCAUGCCAUGUUAUAUCGUGUCAUGUCAUGUUAUGAUACCUUAUGUCAUGUUAUAUCGUGUCAUGUUAUAUUAUCUCAUGUAAUGUCAUGUCAUGAUAUAUUAUGUCAUGUUAUUUCAUGUUAUAUUAUCUCAUGUAAUGUAAUGCCAUGUUAUCUCAUGUCAUGUUAUAUUAGCUCAUGUCAUAUCAUGUUAUAUUAUCUCAUGUUAUGUCAUGUCACAUGUCAUGUCAUGUUAUGGCAAUGUAAAAGUACUGGGGACUGAAAUGAGUGUUUUUACCAGAUUAUGUUAUGAGCAGUGAAUCAAAUGCACAUUACCAAUAAAUC